AUGAAGGAGGCCGGAGACCGAGACCCCGGAGAGCAGAGGAGACGGAGACAGCAGACCCCGGAGAGCAGAGGAGACCGCAGACCCCGGAGAGCAGAGGGAGACCGCAGACCCCGGAGAGCAGAGGGAGACCGCAGACCCCGGAGAGCAGAGGAGGCCGGAGACCGCAGACCCCGGAGAGCAGAGGAGGCCGGAGACCGCAGACCCCGGAGAGCAGAGGAGGCCAGAGACCGCAGACCCCGGAGAGCAGAGGAGACUGCAGACCCCGGAGAGCAGAGGGAGACCGCAGACCCCGGAGAGCAGAGGGAGACCGCAGACCCCGGAGAGCAGAGGAGGCCGGAGACCGCAGACCCCGGAGAGCAGAGGAGGCCGGAGACCGCAGACCCCGGAGAGCAGAGGAGGCCGGAGACCGCAGACCCCGGAGAGCAGAGGAGGCCGGAGACCGCAGACCCCGGAGAGCAGAGGGAGACCGCAGACCCCGGAGAGCAGAGGAGGCCGGAGACCGCAGACCCCGGAGAGCAGAGGAGGCCAGAGACCGCAGACCCCGGAGAGCAGAGGGAGACCGCAGACCCCGGAGAGCAGAGGGAGACCGCAGACCCCGAAGAGCAGAGGGAGGCCGGAGACCCCGAAGAGCAGAGGGAGGCCGGAGACCGCAGACCCCGGAGAGCAGAGGAGGCCGGAGACUGCAGACCCCGGAGAGCAGAGGAGGCGGAGACAGCAGACCCCGGAGAGCAGAGGAGGCCGGAGACCGCAGACCCCGGAGAGCAGAGGGAGACCGCAGACCCCGGAGAGCAGAGGAGGCCGGAGACCGCAGACCCCGGAGAGCAGAGGAGGCCGGAGACCGCAGACCCCGGAGAGCAGAGGAGGCCGGAGACCGCAGACCCCGGAGAGCAGAGGGAGACCGCAGACCCCGGAGAGCAGAGGAGGCCAGAGACCGCAGACCCCGGAGAGCAGAGGGAGGCCGCAGACCCCGGAGAGCAGAGGGAGACCGGAGACCCCGAAGAGCAGAGGGAGGCCGGAGACCGCAGACCCCGGAGAGUAGAGGAGGCCGGAGACUGCAGACCCCGGAGAGCAGAGGAGGCCGGAGACAGCAGACCCCGGAGAGCAGAGGAGGCCGGAGACCGCAGACCCCGGAGAGCAGAGGGAGACCGCAGACCCCGGAGAGCAGAGGGAGACCGGAGACCCCGAAGAGCAGAGGGAGGCCGGAGACCGCAGACCCCGGAGAGCAGAGGAGGCCAGAGACUGCAGACCCCGGAGAGCAGAGGAGGCCGGAGACAGCAGACCCCGGAGAGCAGAGGAGGCCGGAGACCGCAGACCCCAGAGAGCAGAGGGAGACUGCAGACCCCGGAGAGCAGAGGAGGCCGGAGACAGCAGACCCCGGAGAGCAGAGGAGACCGCAGACCCCGGAGAGCAGAGGAGGCCGGAGACUGCAGACCCCGGAGAGCAGAGGAGGCCAGAGACCGCAGACCCCGAAGAGCAGAGGAGGCCGGAGACCCCGAAGAGCAGAGGAGGCCGGAGACCCCGAAGAGCAGAGGAGGCCGGAGAUUGCAGACCCCGGAGAGCAGAGGAGGCCGGAGACUGCAGACCCCGGAGAGCAGAGGAGGCCGGAGACAGCAGACCCCUGAGAGCAGAGGAGGCCGGAGACCGCAGACCCCGGAGAGCAGAGGAGGCCGGAGACAGCAGACCCCGGAGAGCAGAGGAGACCGCAGACCCCGGAGAGCAGAGGGAGACUGCAGACCCCGGAGAGCAGAGGGAGACUGCAGACCCCGGAGAGCAGAGGAGACCGGAUACCGCAGACCCCGGAGAGCAGAGGGAGACCGCAGACCCCGGAGAGCAGAGGGAGACCGCAGACCCCAGAGAGCAGAGGAGGCCAGAGACCGCAGACCCCGGAGAGCAGAGGAGGCCGGAGACCGCAGACCCCGGAGAGCAGAGGGAGACCGGAGACCGCAGACCCCGGAGAGCAGAGGAGGCCAGAGACCGCAGACCCCGGAGAGCAGAGGGAGACCGCAGACCCCGGAGAGCAGAGGAGGCCGGAGACCGCAGACCCCGGAGAGCAGAGGGAGAUCGCAGACCCCGGAGAGCAGAGGAGGCCGGAGACCGCAGACCCCGGAGAGCAGAGGGAGACCGCAGACCCCGGAGAACAGAGGAGGCCAGAGACCGCAGACCCCGGAGAGCAGAGGGAGACCGCAGACCCCGGAGAGCAGAGGAGGCCGGAGACCGCAGACCCCGGAGAGCAGAGGGAGACCGCAGACCCCGGAGAGCAGAGGAGGCCAGAGACCGCAGACCCCGGAGAGCAGAGGAGGCCAGAGACCGCAGACCCCGGAGAGCAGAGGGAGACCGCAGACCCCGGAGAGCAGAGGGAGACCGCAGACCCCGGAGAGCAGAGGAGGCCGGAGACCGCAGACCCCGGAGAGCAGAGGGAGACCGCAGACCCCGGAGGGCAGAGGAGGCCAGAGACCGCAGACCCUGGAGAGCAGAGGGAGAUCGCAGACCCCUGGAGAGCAGAGGAGGCCAGAGACCGCAGACCCCGGAGAGCAGAGGGAGAUCGCAGACCCUGGAGAGCAGAGGAGGCCGGAGACCGCAGACCCCGGAGAGCAGAGGGAGACCGCAGACCCCGGAGAGCAGAGGAGGCCGGAGAGACCCAGGGAGGUUUGA